UGUUUUUUCUCAGGAACUCUUCAGGAUGCAAAUCUCGAUUUAGGCCUAGCUUGGCACGGUCAUUACACAUUAUAGUAGGCUAGAGGCCUGGCACCUAUGCCCAUCCGAAGUUUAGGCCGAGAUUAUAAUAACGUACAAAAAGACAUAGAAUCUUGAUCUAGAAUCUAUAUCUAUCCAAGAGAUCCAAAUCUAAGUGUUACUAGAUAAAGAUCUAGAUCUAGAUUCUAGAUCUGUUGUGGGCCUAAAUUCCAGCUGUUGCGCGCACAAGGAAGGAGUACGAAAUCUCUCUAGAUCUACACACUAACUGUCAUUUUCAUCAUUUUUAAUUUCAAGAAGUCUACAAUGGCUGCCAAUAUGGAGGAAUUGGUUAGUGGUACACAAGCCCUGACAGUCAAAGAUGAAAGCGACCUUGACCUUGAUUCUGUGGAAGGUUUCAGGAAAUCCCUCAAGAAAAAGAUUUCACAGUUUGCCUGUGGCUUGGGCAAUAAAGAAGACGAUGAGAACCGGUACUCUGUCAGAUCAUCGCAGUCCUCCUCCUCCUCCUCAUCCAGAGACUUUGCGGAGAACAGAACUGCGUUUGUGACUGCUGAGCUGAAGACUCCUGCUGUGCCUGUGGAUCCGAAAGCCGAUGUCUACGAUUUUACCUGUGAGAAACGAGGCCUCGCCGUGAUCAUCAACAACGAGGAUUUCAGUCAGUGUCAAGACUUUGACGAUCGUCCUGGUUCAACGUAUGAUGAAUCUUCCUUGUACCAUUCAUUCCAGCGUUUGGGAUUUAAUGUCCUUCUUCACAGAGAUUUGCCGGGAUGGAAAAUGGUUGAAGUGCUGAAAGCUGCUGCCUCAAGUUACGACCACAGAAAUGCCGACUGUUUUGCCUGCGCAAUCCUCUCACACGGUGACCAGACGUGGACUGAGAGGGAGUGGGACCGACUCGGCACCAAAACGCGACUAGACCUGCUGUUUGGCGUGGAUGGGCGUGCGGUGGCCACCAAGUUUAUCGUGGAGCUGUUCAGCGACAACUAUUGUCCCGGUCUGGAGGGGAAGCCGCGGCUUUUCUUUCUUCAGGCUUGCAGAGGCAGCAAACUUGACCACGGUCAAGAACUUCCGGUAAUAAGACCCAGGUACACCCCAGGCAUCCGUCCAAGAGUGCGAGAAAUGGGAGAUGGUCCCGAUCGAGCCAGCGGAGGUAUUGAUCUUCCCGAUAUAAGUGAGAUUAACAGCCCAACGUCCAGCAGUGUUGAUCCUCCUGAAUUUCAAAGAAAGUUAGUGGACUACACAGAUGCUUCAUCUGAUGGUGAUGCUGGUCCUUCUGAAGACUCAGGGCAGUUGGGAAACACUGCCGAACGGACAGUCGCUGAUGAUGUAGAUGCUGGGUGGGGCUUCACCCGCGAGGUGCCAGUAUCUCCCACCCCUUUGUACAAGGACUGUCUUGUCAUGUAUGCUACACCUCCAGGAUAUUUCGCUUGGAGGAGAAGCACCGGAGCUUGGUUCGUCCAGUCUCUGUGCACGGUUCUAAACAGCGGCAUGGUUCAUCGCAUGUCUCUGGUGAACCUCCUGUCUCGGGUGUGCGGGCUGGUGGCGCACAACUUUCAGUCCCAGAACCCAAGCAGACCCAGCAUGCACGAGAAGAAGGCCGUUCCAGUCGUCGAGAGCAUGCUGGUGAAAGACGUCAUCUUCACGAGGAAGCAAUGAGUUCCAAAGCGUCUUUUUGCCUCUCUUUAGAUUUGGGUUGCCUCGAGGAUCUGGAGUUGACUGCACAGUCUGUGCACGCUACUAGAUUGACUGUCUUACUGGUUUGGAGAACGAAGAAGAAGGAGGACAAGUUUUGGGUCUUCCUUUUUUUUUUUUGUCCUUUUUUUUUUUUUGAUAGAUUAUUGAUCUCGAAAGCAGCUCUUACCUGAAAAUGCGUUGUAGGCUACCUCUUUUUUUUCUUCUAUGUUCGAGUUGCUGUUAUGAGCAUUUUCUUUUUGCUAGAAGUGUUAAAUGAACUCUCUUUUCAGACAGCUAUUUGUUGAGAGACCUGGUAAAUUGCAUUUAUUUGUAUAUUUUUAAUUGUUUUAAGGGAAACUCAGUAUUAGCGUCCCCCCCCCCCCUAACC